AUGUUAAAAUAUUUAUUUGGUCAACGUUCAUCUUAUUUAAAUGUUGAAACAAUAAAUAAAGUUCAAUCUUUAUGUCGUUCAAUUGAAAAUCAAAUUGAUGAAAAUAAACUUCAUGAAGAAUUUCUUGAAUUAUUUCAUCGUCUAUUAAAUUCUCCUAAAGAAAAAUCACCGCGAACUAUUCUUCAAGAACAAUUUCAUUUUUCUCUAAAUAAAGGUUUAUCUCAAACACAUUCCCAAGGUAUUUUUCUUGAUUAUGGUCGAAUAAAAACUGCUGGACAAUUAGUUGCGAUUUAUCCUGGAACAAUUUAUCAUCGUCAUUUUGAUCCACUUCUUUUAGCAUCAAUACGAAACGCGUUUUUACUUGCACGAAAAGAUAAUUUAAUAAUUGAUGGACGUGAUCAAGGUUUAUCUCGUUCAAUCUAUCGUUCAUGUCAUGCUCGAUAUCCUAUAUAUGAUAUAACAUGGCUUUCAAAAGAUAUCUAUCAACACAAAAAUCCAUUAACACUUGGACAUUAUAUAAAUCAUUUUCCAGCAGAUGGUUUACCAAAUGUAACUUAUUAUGAAUUUGAUUUUAAUUUCAAUGAAAAUCAACAAGAUCUAUAUCGUUUUGUACCAAAUGUUCGUUAUGCAGAUUUAGAUAAUGAAAAAGGAAUGCCAUCAGCAGUUUUGAUUUCUCUAAGACCAAUUGAACAAGGUGAAGAACUUUUUUCAUGUUAUUAUAAUGUUAUUCAACAAGAGAAACAAUCUUAA